AAUGGAUUUUCAUGAUUAACUUGAUUACUAUUUAAAUUUAUCUUGGUUAAUUAUCAUUGAUCAUGGAAACGUAAUCAACAUCAGCCUCUAAUGGCUUAGUAAUCACCAUGGAACUCAAUUCCUGUUAAUCAGCUAAUUGUUUCUCAAUCUUUUCAAGGUUAACAGUUAUGCCAUCUUUAAUUAACAGUGAUUCUAAUAACAAUCAAUCAUCUAAUUCGUCAACAAUUAGAGGUGACACACCCCAAAGGCCCAAUGGAAUCACAUCGAUUCAUGCUGCUGGAAUCACCGAAGUUCAUGAGGUCCCGAUGGACGUAAUUAUCAGGCCAAUUCCUCCGAUUCUGGACGAGGACAAAGUUGAAAGUCUAAUGGAAACAUUGAAGGAAAUUGAUGAAAGUAAAAUCCCACCGAUUGAUGUACUUUGGAUUAAAGGAUCUGAAGGUGGUAAUUAUUAUUACUCCUUUGGUGGUUGUCAUAGAUUCGAGGCUCAUAAAAGAUCAAGAUCAUCGACAAUUAAAUGUAAAUUGGUUCCAUCAACAAUUGACGAUUUAAGAAUUUAUUUAGGAUCAUCAACACCCGAUCUUAAAUGAUUGAUCAGUCGCGAUUAAGGUUAAUCUCUUUGGGGAUUAAAUAAUCUGCAUCCUUGUUGUUGAAUAACUUGACCAAUUUGGUUCCUAAUGGAUUUUAAUUGUCAUUACCAAUUAUCAUCAAAAUACUUCAAUAAUUAGUGUACGUUGUGAUUAACACGUUGACUUUAAUUGUCAGUAAUUGAUUUUGUUCAUCAUCAGUUUCAUCGGUAAUCAAUUAAUUUGUUUAGUGAGUAAUUAUUUUUAAUUGUCUCUUUUUUUUUUGGUUAUUAUUAAAUACCAACUAACAAUUAAUUUGAAACAAAAUUAAACCUUGAUUAUUUUGUUA